AGUGCUGACGAAGGAUUCGACGGUACAUAUCCAACAAACGUUGUUGUGAAAGACAACGGAACUUGCCUCUACGUCCCGCCGGGUAUAUUCAAGAGUACGUGCAAAAUAGACAUCACCUGGUUCCCAUUCGACGACCAGCGUUGCGAGAUGAAAUUUGGCUCAUGGACUUACGACGGGUUUCAGUUGGAUCUUCAGCUGCAGGACGAGUCUGGCGGGGAUAUAAGCAGUUUCAUUACCAACGGCGAGUGGGAUUUGUUGGGCGUGCCUGGCAAGAGGAAUGUCAUCUAUUACAACUGCUGCCCAGAGCCCUACAUAGAUAUAACAUUUGUGGUUAUCAUAAGGAGACGAACACUUUAUUACUUCUUCAAUCUGAUUGUACCGUGCGUUCUUAUUGCCAGCAUGGCUGUUUUAGGAUUUACUUUACCACCUGACUCCGGUGAAAAGUUAUCUCUCGGAGUGACUAUUCUCCUGUCUCUUACUGUGUUCUUGAACAUGGUUGCCGAGACAAUGCCAGCAACGUCCGAUGCUGUACCGUUAUUAGGAACAUACUUCAAUUGUAUCAUGUUUAUGGUUGCCAGCAGUGUGGUCAGCACUAUUCUCAUAUUGAAUUAUCACCACCGUAAUUCUGACACUCACGAAAUGUCUGAAUGGGUGCGGGUUCUGUUCUUAAAAUGGCUGCCUUGCUUCCUCCGCAUGUCGAGGCCCGCAGACAAAGAAGACAAAGACGGCCAGAAAUCGCAGAAACCAUCUCCAGUGACUGGUCCAACAAAAGGAUACGGCGACCUGGAGCUUCCGCAGAAGAGCAGCAAAUCGUUACUCGCAAACGUGUUGGACCUCGACGACAAUGCCUUGGCGACUCACAAUAACAUGUUAAACAACGUGUACAGCACACCGGGUCCUCAUCACCACAUAAGUCACAGUCACAGCCAUAUGCACACAGCAGCGUCUCAAACACCCCAUCACCAUCACAGUCACACACCGGCGCCGACGCCUCAUCAUCAGCACUCGACGCCGCUUCCACACUCUUCGUACUCCCAUCAAAUAAGUCACACACCGCACCACCAUCAGCAUCCCCAAGACGGCGGACCACCGCAGGUUGAAACGAUAUUACAAAACACUUGUUUAUGCUCGCGCUACGAGCUCGUUCUCAUUUUAAAGGAAAUUAAGAUAAUAACCGAUCAAUUAAAAGAUAAUGACGAGCAAACAAAAAUAACAAACGACUGGAAGUUUGCUGCGAUGGUGAUUGACAGGAUGUGCCUAAUCAUUUUUACACUGUUCACCAUAAUUGCCACAAUCACCGUCCUAUUCUCGGCGCCUCACAUUAUCGUCACGUGA